GAAAUCACUGUGAGGAGCAUGAUGGAAGGGAAACCAGAGCAAGAUGGUGGUCCCUCUGUCGUCAACCCCAAUUUCCUUCAUUAUAUUGACAAGAGGUCUCUGCCAGAGAUAAUGGCAAGAACCUUGGUACUGGCGUUGCCACAAGAGGAGGACUGCAAUUGUGAGCCACUGGGGCUGAAUUGCAGGUGUCUAAAUCCCAGUAAACCAACAGUGGCUGGUUCUGUGAAGACAAAAGCAUUCCUGAAGAAACAUGUCCUCAGAACCAUGAUGGCGGCGGCAGCGGCUCUUGGGAAUGGGCACAAGCCUGAAAAAGCUGUAGGGAUGUCUGCUUCAAACAUUGAAUUGCCACAUCUUUGUAGGAAGUUGCCUUCUGCAGUGGAAAUGGCAGGAAAUGACCUGCCGGCCCCUCGAAGAACAAUGAAGGCAGCACAGCCCCUCUUCUGUUCCUUUGAGCAAGACUUGUGUGGCUGGGAGCAGAGUAAGGAAGAUGACCUGGACUGGAUCCUUGAGAAAGAGCAAGAGCAGUCUGUGGAUGAUCAAGAUAUUGCAGGAAUGCCUUGCAGGGCCUCUGGUGGCUACAUCUCCCUGAAGUCUCCGACAAUCCAAGUUCCUAGUAAAAAGGCAAUUCUGAUCAGCCCCGUCCUACAUGGCACUCGGUGUCUGAAGUUCUGGUACAGAACAAUGGGCUCUGUCGCAGACAAAAUCAACAUCUACAUAAAACUCCUGAAUUCCUCUGAAUGGCACAAAGUCUGGUCUAUGAAGGAGGAUCAAGGCAUGGACUGGUAUCCAGUGGCCAUACCCAUCUCAGAGAUUGGCAAGCUACAGAUGGCUCUGGAAGGCGUGACUGGCCACAACCUGGGGUGUCGUGCUGGAAUUGAUGACCUCCUUGUCUGUAGAAAGCCAUGUUGGGAAUGCUAUAAUACUAAAAGUAUUUUGUGUGGGGAAAACAAAAUAAACUAAGUGUUGCUUUA